AGUCGGCGUCGGCGGGUGCCGGAGCGAGAAUCGGAGCCCAGGGCGUGGCAGGCAGCGAGGCGCCCGAGCGUUUCCCCGCCAUUGCAUUUGCGGCGAGCUGCGUUCGCGUCUCCACCGCGUGUGCUCGGGAGCUCCGCUUGCUUUCUUCGCCUGAUCAGUCACUGAAGCCAUGGCAAAGUACACAAGAGGUACCGUGAAGGACUUCCCUGGCUUUGAUGCCAGAGCAGAUGCUGAGGCCCUUCGUAAGGCAAUGAAAGGCUUGGGAACUGAUGAAGAUACAGUCCUGAAGAUCCUAACCGGCAGAAGCAAUGCUCAACGUCAGGAAAUUGCGGUGUCUUUUAAAACCUUAUUUGGCAGGGAUCUUGUCAGUGACCUGAAAUCGGAACUUACAGGCAAACUUGAGACUCUGGUGGUGUCUCUAAUGAGACCUGCCCGGAUUUUUGAUGCCCAUGCACUGAAGCAUGCCAUUAAGGGUGCAGGAACUGAUGAAAAAGUCCUAACUGAAAUUCUCGCAUCUAGGACACCUGCUGAGAUCCGGAAUAUAAAGAAAGUUUAUCAGGAAGAAUAUGAAGCCGACUUAGAAGAGCAUAUAACAUCAGACACAUCUGGUUACUAUCAGAGGAUGUUGGUAGUUCUUCUUCAGGCUAACAGAGAUCCCGAUGGCCCGAUUAAUGAGAGCCUAGUUGAGUCAGAUGCUCAGGAACUCUUUCGAGCUGGUGAACUAAAAUGGGGAACAAAUGAAGAAAAGUUCAUCACAAUCCUGGGUACUCGAAGUGUGGCUCACUUGAGGAGAGUCUUUGACAAAUACAUGACGAUCUCUGGCUUCCAGAUUGAAGAAAGCAUCGAUCGUGAAACAUCUGGUGCACUAGAGAAACUCCUUCUUGCAACUGUGAAGAGUAUCCGAAGCGUUCCUGCGUACUUUGCUGAAUCACUCUUUCGCUCAGUGAAAGGAGCAGGCACGGAUGAUGAUACAUUGAUCAGAAUCAUGGUUUCAAGGAGUGAAAUUGAUCUGCUGGACAUCAGGAAGGCAUUCCGAAGGGAUUUUGCCAAAACCUUGUACCAUGUCAUUCAGAAGGAUACUUCUGGCGACUACAGGAAAGGCCUUUUGCUCAUCUGUGGUGGUGAAGAUGACUAACCUCUUCAGUGACGUGGAGUACAGAAUCUUACCUCCUGCUUUGUGCCUCCCUCCUCCUGUAUGGCUAAGCCAGGGGCAUUUAGACCCGCUGCUGCCUUUGCAAUCUUACUGCAAGAGUGACGUGCAUAUCUGUAGUAAAAUGAUAUAGGAACACUUCCUGUUGAGAUCUAUAUCCAAACCCCUAUUGGAUUGGCACUCCUUACCAGGGAAUUUGCCUGUUUUCUUUUAAUUUGGUUGUUUAUGCAAGAAUGUUAACAUACAGUCUUCUCUUAAAAUUCAAGCUGGGCAGGGUCCAGACAAAAAUAAUUGCACUUAAGCCUCACUAAAAACAAUGGGACAAACGGGGGCCAAAACAGACACCACUUUAAAGACUGGUUAUAUAUGCCAUGCUAUAAAAUGUAUAAAGGCCAUUUUUACAAUAGAGUCACAUGACCUAAUCCAGCUUUAACCUUUUCUGUCCCUUAAGGGCCUGAUCUGGAUUGGGCCUCCUGUGCCUGUACUUUAUUUUGCAAAGUAAUGACCCAUAAAACAAGUGGUUUUGUAUUUCACAAGAGAAAUUGCAGGUGUGGUUCUCCUAUUUGGAUUGGGUCCAUUGCAGUGGGAAAAAGUUAAAGCCUUUUGAAACUCCAUACUAUGUUCUAAUCCAGGUUGGGCUCCCUCCAUCUACUCUAGAGUAAACAAUUUUAAAAGUCGUAGCUCUUAACUACAUCUUUAAUGUCUGUCUUGGCUUUUAGUUAUGAUUUAAUGCAAUGGAUUUAAACUGAGUGACUUAGUUUGGAUCCAACCUCUUAUAUAUACAUUCCCAACUUAAAGAAAUUCACAAAAAGUGCCUCUUAUAUAAAUGUACCUUUCUUUUGUUUAUAAAAUAGGCAGGAAACUCAAAGUACUGUUCUUUGUUUUGAAAAAUAAACAUGAACUACAUUCCAAGAACUAAAAGCUAUUUUUUUUCUUAACUAGAGUUUUACACAUCAUUUGUAGCAGUUUGAAGAUAGCUUUUGCUAAUGGCUUUGAAAUUGUGAACUAUGCAUGAACCUUCUCCAUGUACUCUACAAUUUGGUGCUAAUAAAAAAGAAAUACAAACCUA